AUGCCGCUGGACGCCCGUGUGAAGAAAACCUCUGCGCUGUCGUACGGUGGCCCCCGGGCGCAGCCCAGCAAGGGGGAGACCCCCACGGUGGCGCCUGGCAGCACUCGGAGCCUCACCAGUGAGCCCGAGGUCCAGCAAAACAUAACCUGGACAUCAUCCGCAGCGUCCCGGCGCAAAUUGUUGCGGGAAGCGGUCCGUCGCCGCUCCGCCAGAUCUGUCCCCAGAGCUGCGUCCCAAAAUGACAGCAUCCCGCAGCGCGAGCUGGAGGUCGCCUCGACGCCGCAUCUAUGUUGUGCCACCUCCACAUCCCCAAGAAGCGGCACUGAACCGCCGAUCGCCCCUCUCUUCGCCCCCACGACAGUCAUCAUCGGAGACUCCAUCACCAGAGGUAUUCGUUUCUUCAAUGUCACCACACUAUCCUUCCCCGGUGCCACAGCUGCCGAUAUCGCUAAUAAGAUCCCCUCUCUCCUCGGCUCACUUCCCUCCUCCAUUCGCUGCAUCAUUGUGCACAUCAGCUGUGACGACACAGCACGUCGGCAGUCUGAACAGACAAAAUGUGAUUUUAAAAGGCUUCUUAACUCCCUUAAAGACUGUGGCAAGUCGGUUUUUAUUAGUGGGCCGCUCCCGACGAUGAUGCAGAACUGCGAGCGUUUUAGCAGAAUCCUUAGCCUAAACAGCUGGACCAACAUGCUUUGCAACGCCCAAAAGGUUCAUUUUAUUGACAAUUUUAACAGUUUCUGGAACCGGCCUGAUUAUUCUAACAGUGAUGGCAUCCACCUGAACAGGUCUGGAAGAUCCAUCUUAGUUUCCAACAUCCAGUACAGUGUCCACACAAGCGCGCAGAUCGACUGACUAGUGUUUACAUCCACCUCUUCUUCAUGCUCCUCCUCUGACACCGUUACCAAUCACAGCGACCCCCAGCGUCCCCCCCUGGAACUGCUCCCUGCACACCGACCUACCCGUCCCUCUGGCUCCCCCUACCCACCACUCAAGCCACUGCAACGGGAAACAACAAGUUUUAAAAUCCCCACCAUCAUCAGCCACAGGCCCCUCCGCCACCCUGCUCUAAGGAGUAGCCAUCAUGCCAACCUUCGCACACUACCCCGGUCCUCACAGGAAUCAUCAGUGAAACCGCCCCACCCACAUCACCUGAACCUGGCCCUGUUUAACAACCGAUCACUCACCAGCAAAGGCCUCAUCCUGCAAGACUUCAUCAUGGACAAUAAACUGGACUUUCUCUUUUUAACAGAAACAUGGCACAAACCCCUGGACUACUUUUCCCUCAAUCAGGCCACCCCCACAGGCUACACCUAUAUUGAUAAACCCCGCCCAGAAGGCAGAGGCGGCGGCAUUGCAACAAUUCACAAAAAGGAUCUCAAAAUCAUUUCACUUUCCAUGCCAACCGUCUCCUCCUUUGAACAUGUUGCUCUCAAACUCCCUGCCCCCCCCCCCCCUCUCAUCAUUGCUAUUAUCUACCGCCCACCUAAACCAAACCCAGAUUUUCUGACUGACCUUUCUGACCUCCUCACACAGCUCUGUGCCCUCUCCCCAUCCAUUCUCCUCCUCGGUGACUUCAACAUCCACAUUGACAACCCCAGCUGCAGUCUAGCCUGUGAAUUUCUGGACAUCCUACAACACUUCAGCUUCACCCAACACUGCCACUUCCCCACCCAUGACCAUGGCCACAUCCUGGCCCUUAUCUGUUCAACCGGCCUGGAAACCCCCCCCCCCCCUCCUGCCAUGAUCUCCAUAUCUCUGAUCACUUACUUAUCAAAACAGUUAUAA